AGUUUCAGAGUACAACAAAACAUUGCAUUUCAUCCCCAUUGUCUUUUGUGUUUUUCUCACAUACAACUUGAGACAUCAUGAUGAGGUACGGAGCUUGCAAUAAGCUUUAUCGUACUUGUCUUUUGGCAACUAAAUUGUCCCACACAUCUUCUCAAGUCUCUCCACAUACAGUUACAACUUUGCUAAGCUCUGUCAACCCUGAAUUCCAGGGUCAUAAUGUUUCGAACAGUAAGAACAGUUUUCUUUCUCGAAGAGUAUACAUGUCAUCCGUUUCCUUGGGUUCUUUGGCGGCAAAGGAGCAAGAAGGGCAUCAAAAAGGCAUCGAAUUUCAAUUGCUAAGAGCAGUUGAGGAUCAACAUGGGGGAGUUGUUGUAAACAUUGAUGAAACUAUGGAUACUUUGGUUUUUGCAUCUAUGUUGGAUGUUUCCUUAGCGCGUUGGAAGGAACAGGGAAAAAAGGGAGUGUGGAUCAAGUUACCUAUAGAAAAUUCAAAUCUUGUAGCCGCUGCGGUUAAGGCAGGGUUUAGAUAUCACCAUGCUGAACCUGAUUACGUGAUGCUUGUGAAUUGGAUUUCUAAUGCUCCAAAUACAAUCCCUCCAAAUGCUUCCCAUCGUGUUGGUAUUGGUGCCUUUGUCAUGAAUAGCAACGGAGAGUUGCUUGUGGUUCAAGAGAGUAAUGGCAGAUUCAGUGGCAAAGGAAUAUGGAAGUUGCCAACUGGAGCGGUGAAUGAAGGUGAGGAUAUUUGUACCGCUGCAAUUAGAGAAGUCAAAGAAGAGACAGGGAUAGAUACAGAGUUUGUUGAAGUUUUGGCAUUCAGGCAAAGCCAUCAAACUUUCUUUCAGAAAUCAGAUUUGUUCUUUGCUUGCUUGUUGCAACCUUACUCCUUUAAGAUUCAGAGGCAAGCGUCGGAAAUUGCUGCAGCUCAGUGGAUGCCAAUAGAGGAUUAUGUAGCCCAACCUUUUGUUCGAGAAAAUGAACUCUUUGACCUUCUCACAAAAAUAUGGUUGUCCAAGGUGGAUGAAAAAUACACUGGAUUUUCUACCAUACUUGCUAAGACAUCUAAGAGCAAGAAAUCCUAUCUCUAUUUCAACAAGAAGGAUGCCAGUUGCUUGCUAUCUCCCAAUUCCAUAAAAGAUCAAUCUUGACAAAUUCUUGUAGUUAUGUGACAUAAGAUUUGAAAGCCUGACUCAUUAUUCAUUAGUCUUCAUCUACAGAAGUGGUUGAAAGCAGGUUCUUACUUUCCAGGAUAUCUGAAGACAUGAAAAAAGGAAGAAUAUUUUCAAUUUUUCGUUUGUUCAUUUUUCAAAAUCUUACAUAGUUGAAUUGAAGUUUGGUGAUUUGUUAGCUUAAUUCUCUGAUACAUAUAAUUGUACGUACAAGCUCAGCAGCUUCU